UACUGCCGCAUACCGCUAGAGCGCUUAGUGCCAAUGCGGUUUUCGAACUGUCAACGUGAAAUAACGGCAACGGCAACGGAGUGAGAGCAGGCAAAUAGUGCGUAUUCGCGCGCCGCGCGGAUUGGUUCUUUGUUCACAUAUUGUGUCAUUAUUUGUUUUUAUUAGCAGCGAUUAAAAGUUAUUUCGUAAUUUAUAACCAAGACAGGAACUAGCAAUGGAUUUGAGCGUGGAGGAAUUCGUGGAUGGUCUUUUCAAGAAGGAAGCAAGUGAACAGUCCUCUGACAAAGAGAAACCCGAAGAUAUACGAAUGGACUAUCCCGAAUGGUACAGCGAGAAGAAAUACAAUCAGGGGCGUCGCUUCUAUUGGGACAACUGCUUCUCACUGACGUCAUCGAUGCUGCUCGGCCUUGUGGCUGUAUUCGCAGUGCCCUCCAUCCUGAGGGUCCUCGUCAGCUCGCGCCGAUCUAGUUCCCAAUACACCGCCUACAGGAGAUACCUGUCCACAUUACUACACACCGUCGCCUGGUUCGAGAAUGAUCUGAAACCUGGCAGCAUAUCUUGGCGAUCAUUGUACACUGUAAGAUGUCGCCACGUUCGCGCGGACAUCGCCGCCAAGAUGAAGGGUAUAGGCAGAGUCUCACAACGAGACAUGGCGCUAACACAGUUCGGUUUUAUCGGCUUUUCAAUACUUAAGCCGGACAAAUUCAGCAUCAGACCGAUGCAAUCAGAAGACUGGGAAAGCUACAUACAUUUCUGGAGGGUUAUCGGAAACAUGAUUGGACUGCAGGAUCGGUACAAUAUCUGCCGUAAAAACUUACAAGAAACAAAGCAGGUGUGCCAGCUGCUAUUAGAGCGCGUAUUCACGCCUUCUUUGGACCAUGUGCCGGAGUACUUCGAGCAUAUGGCCAGGGUAAUGUUGGAAGGGAUGUGGUCUGUCAAUCCGACAGUCAAUACAUCUGCAUUGUUAUACUGGACUCGGCAUUUAGCAGAUGUACCCGGUUAUGUGUACACUGAAAAGGAGAGAGCUGACUUCCAGGACAGACUACGUGAACAUUUGAAGGACAAAUCUGAAGAUACUGGCGUAGAUUCAACAGUAUUUACUUCUCGGCCAGCUAUAGAAGGAAUAAACGAGCGACCUCCUCGCUUACUUUACCUACAUGAUUAUGACACGAUUGAAUCAAUACCAGAAUACAAAAUCCUACCAUUCGCUGCUAAAUAUAAGUUAGCAGUUAGCAGUAUUUUGUAUGCAUUCUAUUCGACGUAUAUAGGAAAAUUGUACUUAAAUUUAAACUUCCUUUUUAGUUUAUUACUAAUGAAAUAUUUCCCUUAUCUAGCUUUCUUUAGAUUCGGUAUAAAAGCGUCUUUAGUCAAUAUAUUUGUUGAAGAUCCUGUCGACAAUACAGAACCAAAAACAAACGCGGAGUAUAACAAACCACCGCCUGAGUUACCUUGGUAUAAAGCCACGUUAUCUGUUUUGACAUGGUGAUUAAUUGUUCCUAUGUAAAAAAACUUUUAAUCGCACUCAGAGUGUUUAAGUGGUCUAUUACUAUUCAGAACAAAUACCUUUAUACGUAUUAUUUGUUUUUAUUUCUAAACUCUUUGUUAACAAUGCAUUUAAUUUAAGUAUUUCGUAAGCACGCAAUAUGACGUUUGAAAAUAAAUGUUGCCAAUUUAAAAAACUAAUUUAUAUAUAUACUUUAUGUAAAAGUAUUAUUUUUUUCUGUUAAGACAUUUACCAUAUAGAUAUAAGUUUUUUAUGCAUAUCAAUAAAUAUUCUGUCUGUGAAAGUAAACUGGAUACUUGUAAAUUGACCGUGGCUAAUUAUGCAAAAAGUUUCGUAAGUAAAAUUGCAUUAUGGAGAUGACUUGUCUCGUUCACGACUAGCUAGUGGGCCUAUCAUCAAAUACGUCGAAAUUAGUAUGAGAUUUUUACUGUACUUUAAGCCCGAUUGCUACAAUUUUAAUAUAAAUUUUAUCGAUGACAAUACGAUAGCACUUUACACAAAUAUUCGUGUUAGGCCCAAUUAGGUGUUACGAUCAAUAUCGAGAUAUUAAGACAAGGUCAAAUAUAACUGACCGAUACUCCCCUAUUCAUCAAACGAAUGUGUAUUUCGAUGAACUUAUAAAUUUUAUAUUUUUCGUUAAAACUCAUAAAUUCUUCAAUAACUUUGAUAUUUUUUGUCUCACAAAAUUAAAACUUUCAUUAAUCUUUUACAAUAUAGAAUAUAAAGACCGCGAAAAAUGACAUUUUCGCAUCUAUGUAUCGAACAAAUUUAUU